AUGCUUGAGCGAGUCCCAAUUUCGACCAUGAAUAAAAAGAGUCAUUGUAUGGAUAAGCCUGGAACCCGCAAGGAGCUCAGUGAAGACAUGACCCGUGAGUCACUCAUUGCAAUCUCCUACGGAUUACCGGACAAUUAUCCCACAGAUGUCGCUUUUCGCGGAGAAAUAAACGGCGUGAAGAAAGUCAAUCAACCUCUCGAUAGUGAUGGGGAUGAGAAAUUGAGGUCUAAGCUCAUCUCAAUUUCUGAUUUACCGCCACCAGAGGGUAAUGUACUUCUGCCCUUGCCUCAGGAGAUCAACAGUUAG